AUGGCUUUGCCCGGGAAUAGUCUGGUAGAGCAGAUGUCACAGCUAGACGCAGCUCGAAAUCUCGUUCUCGGCGAUGCAGCUCUCUAUCCUCAGAUCGUUCAUGGCAUACUACCUAUAAUUGGCGUCAAUGCGCGGUUGGAGCUACGAAGAUGGGGGGCCGAGUUUCUCACAGAGACGUUUUCGAGCCCGGCUUUCCCUCAGCAACCGAAGCAGAAAUUAGCUACUGAAAUCCUCGGUGCGGUUAACGAUUUGCUGAAUACACCUGAGAAUGAUGAGACAGUUGUCCGAGGUGCCAUCAUGACAGCUGCAAGCAUCUAUGUUCUUAUAUUUAGACAAGUUGUGAGCGAUGCUAGCCAGGCUUCGUUAUGGCAAACGAUGACAACCAUAAAACAUACUAUACUGAAGAAGUGGGACGUAUCUUCUCAUGGUGUUAAGAUAUGCUGUAUCAAGUUUGCACAGAAGGUUGUCCAAGUACAAACACAGGGACCAAUAGCUGAUCCAAGGCGACCGGAGAAGAACGAAACCUCCUUAGCAAUCGUCCCAAGGAAUCAUCCACUCCUAGCUAUACCUAACAUUGAAGCAGAGACAUCAGGACUUCUGGAUAGACUGCUUAAUGUUUUCCACGAGAAUUCAAGGUCAGUUGUCUCUCCACGCCGAGCUAAGGGCGCAGCUUUUAACCAGGAGAAACAGCGAUCCCAUUUUGGUCAACGCAACCCUCAAUUCGAUCCCCGUCUUAAUACGAACCCGGCCAUCUAUCUCAAACAAGAUCAUAAAUGCCAUCCUCAACUUCAAUCCGCUCAAACAGGCAAACUCGCCAAUCACACCAACAACGAAACCUCCCGACAUGGUUCGGCUAACGGUGAAUUGCUAUCUAGGGCUCCUACCCACCCUCUGGCCGGGCGUAUUCAACAAUACAUUGAGCGACUGGCACAAUCACACAAUGAGAUAUUCGAUGAAGCAUCACGGAAACGUGCUUUACCCGCAGAACCUACUGAUGUAGUAGACAGCGCAAAGCGAGCAAGACUGGGCCUUGAAACACCACCUCAGCACAAAAUUCCUCCACUUCCGCCAGGCCCUACAAGUUUCGGACAGCUGUUUACCCUUACAGAGGAUGUCGGUCUCGCUUCAUUCGACGUGAAGCAGCUCCCGGUAGACUUGGUGGUGAAGAUUAUCAUCCCAGUACUUACUCGGGUGGGAGGAGAAUCCUUAGAUUUGGCUAUCGGGGCUGUCCGUUCUCGAUAUGAGACCAUCUGCAAGAAGCAAGUAUUUGAAAGACAAAACCAGGCUGCCAGCGCACCCCCCGCGGCUGAUGAAGACGACGAUGACUACGAGCCAGAGUAUCAGCCAAUGGAUAUCCCUGGCCCGCCUACCGAUAUUGCUAAGCCUGAAGCACCUUCGACUGAGGGUUUACCAGAUAUUGUCUCACUAGGCCCAUUCGUAUUGCCGAGGCCACCGUCUCUAUCCCCUGAGGAUGUUGAACAUCUAGGCAAGGAGACAGUCAGCAGGAUAUUUUCAAUGAUCUCUACUCUCCCACAGUCUUCAAAAGCUGUUUCCAACAACCCUUCUCAGUCCCUUGGAUUCGGGAGGCUAGCUGCCAGUUCUUCUGAUCGAGAAUCGUGGCUGACCCUACUUACGAGACUUGCUACCCGCUCAUCAGCUGGCCUUGAGAGUGAGGAAAGUGUCGAUGAUCAAAAAGAGCCCGGGAAACAGAACAUUGCCAAUACCAUUCGCAAUAUGCUUUACCGCUAUGUCCUAGAAGACUUUAGAGCUCGGAUGAACUUUGCCAUCUCCUGGAUGAAUGAAGAGUGGUAUAAUGACCAGAUACAGCUGAAGAAUGCCAGCUCACAGAUUGAGGGGGACCCAAAGAACCCCUACGUACCAAUUCAUUAUGGCCGCUGGUCUUUGAAGCUGCUGGAGGGCAUGCUUCCAUACCUUGAUGCCAAGGAUAAAGUUCUCAUACGAUUCUUGAGUGAAUUGCCCGAGCUGGACUCUCCCUUAAUACAAAAGGUGAAGACCCUAGCAAACGAUCCAGAGAGAGUCAGCCUGUGUAUUCAAGCUUUGCAGUAA